AUGUCCACGGGUUCGGUGAGUGAUCCUGAAGAUCUCCAGGAGCUGUCAAUCACUCACAUGGACACGCGUUCUCUAGAAGACUCAGAAGAUGAGUUUAGUAUCGAUGACAGUCUGAUAGCAAAGACCAAACCUCGAGCUGCUGCCAACAACAACAAGCAACAAAUGAAGAUGGGGAAGGAUGGCAGACAGUCUCAGAGAAACGCAGCUAACGCCAGAGAGAGGGCACGUAUGAGGGUUCUGAGUAAAGCGUUCUCGCGGCUGAAGACCAGCCUGCCGUGGGUACCGGCAGACACCAAACUGUCAAAACUAGACACGCUGCGUCUGGCAUCCAGCUACAUUUCUCACCUCAGACAGCUCUUGCAGGAGGACAGAUACGAGAACAGCUUUGUGCAUCCUGUAAACUUGACCUGGCCUUUUGUGGUCUCAGCACGAUCAGAGGACACCAAAGACAUUUCAGCAGCGGUCAGACUAUGUGGAGCUACAGCAUAAACAUCUGGCACCUCUCUGUCUUU